AUGUCUUCCGCUGCCCUCACGUGCGCCGCCGCCGCCGCCUCCUCGGCCGCCGCCGCGACGCGCCCCGCCGCCUCGACCACCUCCACCACCGCUGUGAUGGCCUCCUCUUCGUCGCGGCCCCUUGUGUCGCCGUUUCUUGCGGCGCUUCUCGACGGCAGCACGCCGCCACCGCUUAGCAGCGCCCCGAUCACCACCUCGGCUGGUCUCUUCUUGGGUGCUGCCCCUCGUGCUCCAUGGCCGUUUGCUUCGGCCGCUGCAUCGGUGCCUGCCGUGGUCGGGCCGCUCCAUCGGUCGGCUGCUUCAUCAUCGCCUGCUGUAGCCGAUCCGAUCGCGGUCCCUCCUCCUUCGUCUGGCGUGGCCGGGCCGAUCGCGCCCGCGUCGUCCCCCGCACCGGCUCCAGGGACGGCUGCCCUGGCUCCGUUCCUCGCUGCUCCGACGCCCGCCUCCUCGUCCACCACUGCCCUGGCCCCGACGCACAUACAAUAUGGUGCGGGCCUCUAUGGGCAGCCCCUCUUCUACGGCACCCCGCCCAUGGCAUAUGGUGCCCACUCUCCACCUCCGGCCUUGGCCACGCCUCCCGCAGCCUAUGUGCCGCCUGCCCCUGUCACACAUGAGGCUGGCCCUGUGCGUGACCCGCCGCCCGUACAUCUGGCACACCUUGUGACCGUCAAGCUCAACCACGACAACUACCUGGUGUGGCGAGCUCAAGUGCUCCCCCUUCUGCGCAGUUACUAUCUUGAUGGCUAUGUUGAUGGCACCAUCCCGUGCCCACCACCUAUGCUUCAGGUGCUUGCUCCUGAUGGUACACCAAUGGCGCUACCAAACCCGGCUCAUCGGCAAUGGAUGGCGCAGGAUCAGGCUAUUCUCAGCGCUAUCCAGUCAUCUCUUAUGCCGACUGUGGCGGGCAUGGUACUCUUUGCUGCAACCUCGCACCAGGCCUGGAGUACUCUUGAUGCAAGUUUCUCCUCUCAGUCCAUGGCGCGGUCCAUGGCUAUUCCUUACUACAAUGAGGCUAAAGAGCUGGCUGAUAUACUGUCUUCCAUUGGUCAGCCCCUUCGUGAUUCUGAAUUCAUUGGGUACAUUCUCAAGGGCCUUGGCGAGGACUAUGACUCUCUUGUAGAGAAUGUUGAAGGGCGCGAUAGCACUAAUCCGAUUAGUGCCCAUGAGCUGUAUGCACGCCUCCUCAACACGGAGCAACGCAUUGGAGCUCGCCGCCCGGAUGGUCCAUCCUUUGACGCCUCCGCCAACGCUGCAUACCGCGGCGGACGCAACCAGCAGCAGCAACCCCGCCCGCCCAGUGGGUCCUUUCCGCAGCCGCCUAAGCAGCCGGCCUCGCAGCCGCGCCCUGCGACCACGACGGGUGGCCGUGGCCGGUCCUGGGUGUGCACCACAUGCGGUACCAAGGCCCCCUGCCAGCUCUGUGGUAUUGCUGGCCACCUCGCCUCGAGUUGUCAUCGCCGCUUCAAGUAG